AUGGUCUCGCAGCCUGAAGUCGCCACCAUGGCGGCCUCUAUCAACCUCGCCGACGAGUCCAAGACAGCCCAUUCGGACGACCAAACGGUCAACCUCGAUCAACAUCCGGACUCAAUAUUUCCUGCAGAUCAUGCGAAUCCAUCCAGCCCCGCUGGCUCGCGCGUGGGGUCGCUACUGAAAAAAUUUGAGCAGCAGUUGCUUGAGUACAAUCUGGAGGCGAGAGGCAUCGAGCGGGUGGCCCCUCAUGAGCGCAUGAAGCGAUUGACAUGGGUCUCAUACCUGCAGGCAUUUUUGCUGUGGUUCUCGAUCAACCUAGCCGCGAACAAUAUCACCUUGGGAAUGCUAGGCCCCGCUGUCUACGGUCUGAGCUUUACAGACUCUGCAUUGUGCGCAGUCUUUGGAGUCAUUGGUGGCUCGAUGGUAUCGGCAUGGGUUGCCACCUGGGGGCCCGUCUCGGGUAUUAGAACCAUGGCAUUCGGCCGCUACUCGAUGGGUUGGUGGCCGAGCAAGAUCAUUGUUCUGCUCAACCUGGUCCAGAUGCUGGGAUACUGCCUGAUUGAUUGUGUGGUGGGAGGGCAGAUUCUGUCUGCUGUCUCCCCCGGGGGGCUGUCCGUUGCUGUCGGCAUUGUGAUCAUUGCAAUUAUCAGCUGGGCGGUGGCGACUUUCGGGAUUCAAGGCUUUCAUUACUACGAACGGUUUGCAUUCAUACCGCAACUCAUUGUCAUCUGUAUCUUGUUCGGCCUCACGGCCAACAAAUUUGAUCUAUCUACCGCCUCCGAAGGGGACCCCCGAACGAUCGCUGGUAACAGGCUGUCGUUCUUCUCUAUCUGUCUCAGUGCAGCCAUCACGUAUUCACCUCUGUCUGCCGACUUCUUUGUCUACUACCCCGAGCAUACAUCUCGUCUUAAACUAUUCUCCUUGACUCUCAUCGGCCUCGUCGUCUCUUUCACAAUGGCCAUUGUGUGUGGCAUCGGGCUGGGCUCAGGGAUUGCCACAAACCCGAGCUGGGAAGCCGCAUACACUCGCGGCCAAGGCGCCCUCAUCGUAGAGGGAUUCGCUCCUCUCGAUGGAUUUGGCAAAUUCUGCUCCGUCAUCAUCGCUCUCGGACUGAUUGCCAACACCGUGGCCCCCACCUACUCCUCCGGUGUCGACUUCCAAAUCUUAGGCCGCUACGCUGAGAUGGUUCCCCGGGUGAUCUGGAAUACCGUUGGCGCGAUCAUCUUCACAGCUUGCGCACUAGCUGGCCGAAGCAACCUCUCCGAAAUCUUCACCAACUUCCUCGCCCUCAUGGGCUACUGGGUUGCUAUCUGGUUUGCCAUUCUCAUCGAAGAGUUUGUCUUCCGCUGGCGCACCGGUUACAACUGGGCUGCGUGGCGUGAUCCAUCCAAGCUGCCCAUCGGCAUUGCGGCUUUUAUGGCCUUUGUCGUUGGCUGGGUAGGCGCCAUUCUUUGCAUGGCCCAGGUCUGGUAUAUUGGUCCCCUCGCCAAGUUGGUGGGCGAAUACGGCGCUGACAUGGGCAACUAUGUUGGAUUCUCGUGGGCUGCGCUCGUUUAUCCGCCGCUACGGAUACUUGAGCUCCGUUUUGCCGGGCGAUAA